UUCCGUCAGCGGCCACUGGGGAAGGUAAUGAAACGCGAACAAGCAACAGGGAAGCAACCAACUCGUUUGUUGUUCCUGCAAAAGAGAUAAAAGCAAAAUCGUUCAGUGAAACAAUACGUAAUUUUUGUGCUGUGCAACGCAGCAAACCAGUGCAGUUGAAGAGAAAGUAAUCUGUGCGUGUGUGAGAGAAAAAAAACAUUUGAAACUCGUGAAAUUGCAAAGUGCAGAGACUAUCACAAGGGACGUUAAGCGGAAGGUGAAAAAUUCCAGUCGAGAAAGGGGCUAACGGUGCCUGUGUGUCAGUUUCGAAGCAGAACGUUCUGGAACGUAUCGACCGUCGGUAGUACGGUUCUUUGAGUGCGCAAGAACACCGUUAAGUAACAGUAAAACCAAAACCAAACCACACACUCACACAAAAGCGGCAGUGAAAAUGGGGAAAGAUUUCUACAAAAUUCUCGGCGUGUCGAAAAGUGCGAGCGAUGACGAGAUCAAGAAGGCGUACCGUAAGCUGGCAUUGAAGUAUCACCCGGACAAGAACAAGUCGCCGCAGGCCGAGGAACGGUUCAAGGAGGUGGCCGAAGCGUACGAGGUGCUGUCGGAUAAGAAAAAGCGCGACAUCUACGACCAGUACGGCGAGGAGGGUCUGAAGGGUGGUGCCGGCGGUAUGCCCGGAUCGGCUGGUCAGGGCGGACAGUUCCAGUACAACUUCCACGGCGAUCCGCGUGCCACGUUCGCACAGUUCUUCGGCACAAGCGACCCGUUCAACGUGUUCUUCGGUUCGGAUGGUGGUGGCAACAUUUUCCACCAGGAAAUUGAUGGCGAUCCGUUCGGGUUUGAUGGGCGAGGUGGUUUCGGUGGAGGCACGGGUGGUGCCUUCCGAUCGCAGUCGUUUAACGUGCACGGUUCGCCGCAGCGAAAGCAAAAGGUACAAGAUCCGGCGAUCGAGCACGAUCUGUACGUGUCGCUGGAGGACGUGAAUACGGGCUGCCAGAAGAAGAUGAAGAUCUCGAAGAUGGUGAUGGGACAGGACGGUUCCAAGCGGAAGGAGGAAAAGAUACUGAACAUCAACGUGAAACCGGGCUGGAAGGCGGGCACGAAAAUCACGUUCCCGCGCGAAGGGGACCAGAUUCCGGGCAAAAUUCCGGCCGACAUCGUGUUCAUCAUCCGGGACAAACCGCACCAGUACUUCAAGCGCGAGGGCAGUGACAUUAAGUACACGGCGAAGAUUUCCCUGGGGCAGGCACUGUGCGGGACGGUGGUGAACGUACGGACGUUAAGCGGCGAAACGCUCACCAUCUCGACGGUCGGCGAAGUCAUCAAGCCACACACGGUCAAGCGUCUACAGAACCAUGGGUUACCGUUCCCGAAGGAACCGAGCCGGAAAGGUGAUCUGGUCGUUGGGUUCGAUAUCAUUUUCCCGGAUCAGGUGUCCUCCACCGCGAAGGAAAUCAUUUCGGAUUUGUUCCCGAUGUAAGUGAGAGAGAGAGAGAGAGAGAGAGAGAGAGAGAGAGAGCAGCGGCGAUGACCCAACACGAUACUGAAAACGGCACCCCCCACCCAACGAGCGCGCAUCGUGAUUCAAUCCGUUAUCCCAUCCGAUGAAAGCACCGCACAUCAACACCAUUCUCGAACGUUCCCGAGCCCGACAAGAUGAGGGAGGGAGACGUUGGCGGAUGUUCAUGGUGGGGGUGAUUCUCAAUGUCGAGGCCAACGAACCAACAGGUGCAACUUGUCCGGUCCGGAGGCCACCAAUCGUCCGGACGUCGCACACCAAGAAUAAAGAGAAGAAGAAGGUUCUGGUAGCAUCCACGGCAAGAGACCUUCGCCUCUAGUAGUGCGCUUUACAACCGAUGAAGGAGAGCGAUUCGAGACCCCCGGCUACGCGACGACGGGGGUUGCGGACGGAUGUUGUUGUAUGUAACGGUCCGCCAGCUGGAAUGCAAGCACCGCACGGGAAAGAGGGCAGUGGGGUGGGGUGGUCCCGACUCCAACAAUCCAUCCAAUCCCCACACACGCCCAGCACCGCAGCAUACAGAGUAGUACACCCAGCGCCACGGAAGGGUCGUUUAAAAUAAGAGAUGCAACCGGGAUGUGUGCAAAUGUGUAUCACUCAGCGUGUACGUGUGUAUGUAUAUCUGUGGCAGUGAAUUUUAGCGCCCUCUAUUGGCAACAGUGCUUGGCAGGAGCGAAGAUUCUAGAAGGAAGGGUGUGUGCGCAUCGCGUGGUUAGUUCGUUGUUCGGGUUCAAACAGCUCAUCAUCAUUUCGUCCGCAUUUUGAGUUAUACUAUGGGGGUACAGGGCGCAUUGUUAAGAUUCCAAAGAGAGGGAAAACUACACCAAGAGUGGGAAGGGGGGUUGUGUGGUAGGCAGAGAAAAUCACUGAUAUCGGGUGAGAAGUUCGUAGCAGGCCGUGAUUUUUAUAGGAAAAGCAAAAAUGUCACGUGCGUGUCAGAAGGAGAGGAUGUUGUGUAGAGAAAGAGAAAGCUAGCUUGGAAAUAUGUACCUUUGUUUUGUUUUUCCGUUAAUAGUUAUUUCAAAUCCAAGGUAGGCACCGAUGCGCGAGGGAAGUAAGGAAGGAAGAGAAGUAAUCCCCUACGCUGGACGAGAGGACAGGGACAAAUCGUUGUGUAUAUAUAUUACCUGGAUAGGGAUGCGUAUAUGUGAAUGUGGGGAAGACUAUUAAGGAAAAAGGGAGGGAAAAUAUUUGUUAUUUAAGAAAAACAGCUUACUUUUUAGUUAAUAUUUUCGGGAGAGAGAGAGAGAGAGAGAGAGAGAGAGAGAGAGAGAGAGUAGGAAAACAACCAUAACAGGACCGGAACUAUGAUCGAUACUUUGCCAAAUAUUAGCACAUACACAAACACAUGCAACACCACACUAUCCUCGUGGGUAGCGGCUAAUUGGGGAGCUAUACUCGAUGUUGCAGCAAGGAUGCAUCUCCCAAUGCGAGAGAUGCCCAUUUGUAUAGUAGAAAGACUGAAUUAACAUUUGCAACAUUGAAAGGAUAAGGAAAAAUGGUAUUAAAACAGAUUAACACAGAAAAGAUGGGAUUAAAAUUAGCAGGACAGAUGUUUCCACAAUGGAAGCAGCAGAUAGCAAGACAAAGAAGCAGCUCCUCCUUAGCCACACUAGGAACGCGAUAGUUUCUACGUGUGUGUGUGUGUGUGUUUGUAUGCGUGCUUGCUGUGAAACCGCAGGGCGAAGAUAGUGAAUGAUGAUGGGUAGAUUCGUAAUACUAUUGGGUACGUUCUAGUACAUGUCAAAGAAUACCGAAAACAGAGAGGGUUGGAAAAGUAGGAUUUAGUUUUUCCAACCCACAUUUCCACCCCCCCCCCCCCUCCCACCACAACUUAUCCUUUCCCUCCAUCCUCCUAUAGCUCUUUCCCCGCAUGAAGCUGUGUACCAUUUCGUGUAUGAUUUUAAGAACUUAACUCAAAUUGAGAUCGAUUUUUUGUGUUGUGCGAAAGUUGUUAAGCUUACUUAUUUCUAGUGAUAAAAUAAAACCACUCGAAAGCUUGUGAGAAAACAUGCGGAAAGUUUAAAA